AUGGGCAAAGCCGGUGACGACAUGACGGCCUACCUAUCGAAGCCGAGCUGGCCGCCGCCGAUGGAGCCGCCCGAGCCAGGCGACCUCGACUCGCUGCCCGACACGCUGCUCGAUGAGACCAUGUCCGAGCAGCCGCGACGCGAGUCAGCCUCCCAGAUCGACGAAUUCUUCUCGGCGGCCGUGCGUCGUCGCUCCUCGUACCUGGCCAUCCUGACGGCACUGCAUGCACGCGAAGACGACGACGUCUUCCAGAAAACGGACCUCGAGAACGAGUCCGCCCACAUAGCUACUGACCAGCGCGUCAUGAAGAAGAUCGCCGGCAGGGGGAAGGCGAAGGCGGCGGCCGGGGACGAGCCGUUGCCGCCAUUGAUCGGUGUGAGUUGCGUCGUUUGGGACCAGUGGUGGACCUACGAUGGCAUAUCAGGCACCUCGUACUGGGGGGUGUUUAACCCGGACUGGGGCACGUGUCACAAGGGUCGUCGGCAGUCGCCCAUCAACGUCGAGCCCGAUUCACUUCUGUUCGACCCACAACUGGGCUAUCUACACGUCGACAAUGCCGCCGUGUCGGGCUGCCUGAGGAACUCCGGGCACGGGCUGGUGUUCAGCGUACUGGACUCGCACCGGGGUCAGGUCAAUAUCACCGGUGCCUCGCUCAGCUACGGUUAUCAGUUCCAAGAAGUGCACAUCCACUUCGGAAUGAAGAACGCUCGGGGGUCGGAACACCAAAUAUCCGGAAAGCCAUUUCCGGCUGAAGUCCAGCUGUUGGGAUACAACGCGAACCUGUAUCCAAACCUGACAGCUGCGGCCUCCGGCAACAGCAGCAUUGUUAUCGUCGCGGUGCUAGUUCAGCAAGGCUCGGCGACCAAUCGCCAGCUGGCGCGCCUCGCCGACGCCAGCGUGGCAACACCCUACCGAGAUGAUGCGAUAUGUCUGGCGAAUGUCAGCGUCAGCGAACUGCUGCCCAGCACCGAGUUCUACCUGACCUACGAGGGAUCGCUAACCUGGCCUGGCUGUGACGAGUCGGUCACCUGGGUUCUGAUGAACAAGCCAAUCUAUAUUACCAACGCGUCAGCCACACUGUCCGCGCCGCCUGGCGGUCUGCAGUUGGAGCAACUGCGGCGCCUCAGCCAGAGCCUGCAGACGGAUGACACCAGGUCACCACUGGGGGACAACUUCCGUACUCCGCAGCCGCUGCACCGGCGCCCGGUGCGCACCAAUAUCGAUUUCACAGGGCGUCCAGUCGUGAACUCUUAA